AUGAACAAAGAUUUGUGUGUUAUUUUACUUUUGCUCGCUAACUUUGCUGUCCUUUCUGCUGCUCUGCCGUGGACUGUUUUAAAAUUCAUACCUCAACAAGAACAAGAUGACACUGUUGAAAAUCUUCGAAAACCUUUGGCAAAAAAAAUUAGAACCCCUUGGCGAAAUCCUCAGACAUCCAAGCAGUAUCUUAAGAAUUUGAGUCUCAUGAAAUUUGAAUGGUCAGAUUGUGGUAAUUCAUCUUCAAAAAUCGUAUUCAAGGACAUCAGUGUGACUCCAGAUCCUAUAGUUUUGCCAGGCACUAUUUUGGUUUCAGUGAAUAUUGUAAUCCACGAGACGAUUACUCACGGUCUUUUGGCGGACAUGACACUGAAAUGGAGACCUGGAAAAAGUAGCUUUCUGAUUCCUUGUAUAGACGGUUUUGGAUCAUGUGAUAAGAUAGACGUGUGCACUCGUUUGGAUGAAAUAAAAAACUGCCCUAAAGUACUUGAUACAUGCCACUGCCCUUUCAAACAAGGAAAAUUGUUUCUGCCACCCACUAAAUUCGACGUUCCUCAAGUCCACUUACCAAAAGGAGAUUAUACACUGAAAAUGGUUUUACAUCAUAAACAAGCAUUUGUUGGCUGCCUCAAACUUGCUGCAAGUUUUCAAAAUAUAGAAAGCCGACGCAUCACAGAACCACCCACAACAGCGCUAUGA